AUGGCUACCCUUAUCCUCCACAUGAACGGCGACUACGAGCCACUCGGGCAUAAAUGGGUAACCCAUUUCAUCACGCGUAACCCACGCGUCGCCUCUAUAGUUGGCCGAAAGAUUAAGAGCGCAAGGACUACAGCAGCCAACUAUGAGACUAUACGCGCGUUUCUAGAGUUGUUUGAGCGUACGCGGAUUGAGCUGGGUAUACAAUAUGAGGACAUAUGGAACAUGGAUGAGACUGGGGUAGGCCUUGGGGUAUGUAGCAACUCCCGUGUGGUUGCUAGCUCGUUAAAGAAGAAGGCUUACGUCAAAUCCCUAGAGGAUCGUGAGUGGGUGUCUAUUAUUGAGUCCAUCUCAGCCGUUGGCAAGAAGCUUCAAUGCCUAGUCAUCUUCAAAGGCAAGCAUCUACAAUCCACGUGGUUCCCAGCACAAGGGGUACCUGAUUGGCUCUAUACAACGUCAGAGAAUGGAUAG